UUUGAGGUUCGCUGGACUUAAAGUGCUAUGCAAGUACAGUUUCCUUGUACCGUUUAUAGAAAUAUAAAAUGUGUUGCUUUUCUCCAUCUUUAAUUUAAGAAAGAGGAAUAUUCCCUUUCUUUCACAAUAUUCUUCUUGAUUAAAAUUUGCCCAAAGUAUUUAAGCAUUGAAUACUUUUCUACUGCAAAAGCUUCUUAGUCUUUCACUCCCAACUGGUUUUGCUCUGCUAAACUGUUUGCAGCACAUCUACAGUUUUGUACGUUAUGUCUAAUCGUAAAACUUGCAUUCUCUUCUAGUUGAACUAGAGUCUCCUGAAAGAGACAUUGUGUUUCUGUUGGACGGCUCCGAUGACACGCUGAGUGGCUUCCCAGCAAUGAAAACUUUUGUCCAACAAGUAGUAGAAACCCUCAGUGUUGGUGAAAACAAAGACCGUGUUUCUGUGGUUCAGUACAGCCAAGAUCAACAAACACAUUUCAGUCUGAACACCUACACGGACAAACAAGCUGUUCUUAAUGCAGUCCGACAGCUGGACCAUAGAGGGGGCCAACCCCGAAAUACUGGUGCAGCUCUGGAGCAGGUGAGGAGGAAUGCUUUCGCAGAAUCCUCAGGGAGUCGGCACAAGGAGGGAGUCCCUCAGAUACUGAUUCUGUUGACUGGGGGAACAUCCGCAGACGAUGUCACAAGAGCUGCUGCCGAUCUGAAAAAGGAAAAAGUUGUUCCUUUCUGUGUCGGAACAAAAGCUGCUGACAUUUUAGAGCUCCAAUCGAUUGCUCAUAAUCCAUCCUAUGCCUUCUCUGUUCUUACAUUUGAUGACAUUGGAAGCAUUCAUCAGCAGCUUGUGUCUUUGGUGCAAAGGGUUCCACGGCAACAGCCCAGAGAAAGAGCACUUAAUGUUUUAGGUUCCACACAACAAAGAGAGUUCAUGCAACUAGACAUUGUGUUUUUAAUGGAUUCCUCUGAUGAAAUGUUGAGUGACUUCACACAAGUGCUUGGCUUUGUUGAGCAGAUGGUGGAGAAACUCACUGUGGGUGAGAGGAAAGAUCAAGUUUCUGUGGUUCAAUACAGCAAUGAACCUUCUGUUGAGUUUCUCCUGAACACACACAAAUCACAGCAGAGUGCUGCCGACAGUUUAAAAACAAUCAGGCACAAAGGAGGCAGGUUGCGCAACACAGGUGCAGCUCUGAAUUACGUCAAGGAAAAUGUUUUCACACCUUCCUCUGGAAGUAGACGCCAACAAGGAGUCCCUCAGACCCUGGUUCUUCUGACUAGCGGACGGUCAAAUGACGAUGUCAGGAACGCUGCAGAAAACCUAAAAGAAAUUGGUGUGAUGAUGUUUGUGGUGGGAAUAAAGAAUGCAGACAUCCUUGAGAUGCAGUCCAUUUCCCAGGAAGCCAGCCGUGCUUUCCUUGCAGCAGAUUCCAGUGACAUGUCAGACACUGAACAAGAAAUCCUCACAUCCAUUCAGACAAGUAAGAAGUAUGUUGCCACAACAGCAUCAUAUGAUCCCAGCAGCAGAGACAUUGUGUUUCUGAUUGAUGGCUCUGAUGAUUCUCAGCGAAGAUUCCCAGACAUCACAGAUUUUGUUCAGAGAAUAGUGAGAGACUUGAGCGUUGGUCCCGACAGCGACCAUGUGGCUGUGGUCCAGUACAGCAGCACCGCUGAGAUUCAUUUUAACCUGAGUCGCUACGUGACUGAGGAUGAUGUUCUCGAAGCGGUUGAUGGUCUGACUCACAAAGGAGGUUAUCCUAAAAACAUUGGAGCUGCUCUCCAGUAUGUGAGAGACUAUGUCUUUACUCCAGAGUCAGGAAGUCGGAUCCAGCAGGGAGUCCCACAGAUACUAAUCCUGUUGAGCGGAGGAAGAUCUGGGGAUGACAUAAGAACCUCAGUAAGGAUGCUAAAGGAAAUGGGUGUUUCUAUAGUUGCCAUCGGGACUAGUGAUGCAGACACCUUAGAGCUACAGACAAUAUCUCAUGAACCCAGAUAUGCCCUCUCUGUUACUGACUAUGAAGAACUUUCCACUGUCAAGCAGGAUGUGUUGUCUUUGUUGAGAGAGCCGUCCCAUCAUGUGGUACAGUCAGUAGAUUUUGAUUCAAAGAAAGGUGAUGUAGUUUUUCUAAUUGAUGGCUCAUAUGACUCAAGAAAUGGCUUUGAAGAAAUUCGCGCCUUUAUUCAGAGAAUUGUUGAAAAUUUAAACGUGAGUCAUAACGGAGACCAAGUAGCUGUUGUUCAAUACAGCCGUGACGCCACAGCUAAUUUCUACUUGAACUCCUAUUCAUCUAAGAGCGACGUGCUCAGUUCCAUUAGAACGAUGAGGCAUAAGCUGGGGCAGCCGCUUAACAUUGGUAAAGCACUGGAGUUUGUCAAGGACCAUGUCUUUGCUGCGUCGGUGGGAGGCAGAGGAGCCGAUCUGGCUUCUCAGCACCUGUACUUGUUUAGUGGUGGUAGGUCUGGAGAUGAUGUUAGAGGACCAGCACAGACACUGAAAGCCAAGGGGAUAAAGACUUUGAGUAUUGGAACAAAGAAUGCCGAUACAUUGGAAAUGCAAACUGUGUCUUACACACCUGGACAUUAUUUUUAUGUUCCAAACUAUGAAAACCUGCAAAGAAUUUACACAUCUGUGGAAACCAAACUGAGGGACUCACAAGAAACCACUGAGUUCACAACUGGUAAGAAGCAAAAUAUAAGCGUUCUCAAGAUGGCUGUUCUUUUCAAAUUUAUGAACCUGUCUAUAUGUGCUUGUAUACAUUUCAAACACUUCUACAGAUGUAGAAACAGAACAUCAGAAAGCUGAUAUUG